ACCACCGGCGGCAGCCAUCUUACUGCAAACUGUGUGGCAGUGCAACAGUGAAAGAUCAUAAUCUUGACUGGUUGAGACAGGGAUACAAUUUUAUUUCGACUGGUGUCAGUGCGUGAGAGGAUUGGCUUACAGCCAUGUCGACGGCGUUACCAAUUCGGUUCCAGGAGCAUGUGCAGCUCCAAAGUGUUGGCAUCAAUGCUGCCAACAUUGGAUUCAGCACCCUGACCAUGGAGUCAGACAAGUUCAUUUGUGUUCGAGAAAAAGUGGGAGAAGCAGCACAGGUUGUCAUCAUUGACAUGAAUACACCUACGGAUCCAAUCCGCCGUCAGAUUUCAGCAGACUCGGCCAUUAUGAAUCCAAAGAGCAAAGUGAUUGCCCUGAAAGCUGGAAAGACUCUGCAAAUUUUUAACAUUGAAAUGAAGAGCAAGAUGAAAGCUCACACAAUGACAGAUGAUGUGAUUUUCUGGAAGUGGAUCUCUGUAAACAUGAUUGGCCUUGUCACUGAAACAGCGGUGUAUCACUGGGCAAUGGAAGGGGAUUCCCAGCCACAGAGAGUGUUUGAGCGUCACACCAGCUUGAAUGGAUGUCAGAUCAUUAACUACAGGACAGAUGCUGCACAGCAGUGGCUAUUGCUUGUUGGCAUCUCUGCCCAGUCUGAAACAUCACCAGCUGGAAGUCAAAGCCGUGUUGUUGGAGCAAUGCAGUUGUAUUCUGUGGAAAGGAAAGUGAGCCAGCCAAUUGAAGGACAUGCUGCAGCUUUCGCUUCAUUCAAAGUGGAUGGGAACCCCAAUCCAUCGACUCUGUUCGUUUUCGCAGUUCGUGGAGCUAAUGGUGGAAAGCUCCAUAUCAUUGAAGUUGGAACUCCUCCCAGUGGUAAUCAACCUUUCACUAAAAAGGCUGUGGAUGUUUUCUUCCCUGUAGAAGCUCAAAAUGACUUCCCUGUCGCAAUGCAGACAAGUAACAAGCAUGGCAUGGUUUUCCUUGUCACCAAGUAUGGGUACAUUCACAUGUAUGACAUAGAAACAGGAACAUGCAUUUACAUGAACAGAAUCAGCGCUGACACCAUUUUUGUAACUGCAGCACAUGAAGCUAGUGAUGGCAUCAUUGGAGUCAACAGGAAAGGACAGGUUCUUUCCGUCAGUGUGGAAGAAGACAACAUUGUGCAGUAUGUCAACUCGCAGCUGCAAAACCCAGACCUAGCUUUGAAAGUUUCCUCUCGAUGCAAUCUGCCUGGUGCAGAGGAUCUGUUUGUUGCAAAGUUCAACAACCUUUUCCAGGCUGGAAACUAUCAAGAGGCUGCUAAAGUAGCAGCUGUGGCUCCCAAGGGCAUUCUGCGCACCCCUCAGACCAUCCAGCGGUUUCAGCAGGUACCAUCAGUUCAGGGAACUACAUCUCCUCUGCUCCAGUACUUUGGAAUCCUCCUGGACAAGGGUCAGUUGAACAAGUAUGAGUCUUUGGAACUGUGUCGACCUGUGUUGCAGCAGGGUCGCAAGCAGCUUGUGGAAAAGUGGCUGAAGGAAGAAAAGCUGGAAUGCAGUGAAGAAUUGGGAGACAUUGUGAAGACAGCAGACCCCACUUUGGCAUUGUCCGUAUACUUGCGGGCUAAUGUUCCUCAGAAGGUGAUUCAAUGUUUUGCUGAGACUGGACAGUUCCAAAAGAUCAUUCUGUACUCCAAGAAAGUCGGAUUUGCACCAGACUACAUUUUCUUGCUUCGCAACUUGAUGCGCAUCAAUCCAGAUCAAGGACUGCAGUUUGCCCAGAUGAUGGUUCAAGAUGAUGAGCCUCUGGCUGAUCUCAACCAAAUUGUUGAUGUGUUCAUGGAGUUCAACCUGAUCCAGCAGUGUACCUCCUUCCUUUUGGACGCACUGAAGAACAACAGACCCUCUGAGGGCCCUCUUCAGACACGGUUGCUGGAAAUGAACCUCAUGUCAGCCCCACAGGUUGCUGAUGCUAUCCUUGGAAAUCAAAUGUUCACUCACUACGAUCGUGCACACGUUGCCCAGCUGUGUGAAAAGGCUGGACUCUUGCAAAGGGCUCUGGAGCACUACACAGAUUUGUAUGAUGUGAAGAGAGCUGUGGUUCAUACACACUUGCUCAAUCCAGAGUGGCUCGUGACAUACUUUGGCACCUUAUCAGUGGAGGACUCUUUGGAGUGUCUGAAAGCCAUGCUGACUGCCAACAUUCGCCAGAACCUUCAGGUGUGCGUGCAGAUUGCCUCCAAGUACCAUGAGCAGCUUACCACCGAGAGCCUUAUUGAGCUGUUUGAGUCAUUCAAGAGCUAUGAAGGACUCUUCUACUUCUUGGGCUCCAUUGUCAACUUUAGCCAGGAUGCUGAGGUUCAUUUUAAGUACAUCCAAGCUGCAUGCAAGACUGGACAGAUCAAGGAAGUGGAAAGAAUUUGUCGUGAAAGCAACUGCUAUGAUCCUGAACGAGUGAAAAAUUUCCUGAAGGAAGCAAAACUGACUGAUCAGCUGCCAUUGAUCAUCGUGUGCGACCGCUUUGACUUUGUUCACGACCUUGUACUCUACUUGUACAGAAACAACCUGCAAAAAUACAUUGAAAUCUAUGUGCAGAAAGUAAAUCCAUCUCGGCUGCCUGUUGUGGUGGGGGGACUACUGGAUGUAGAUUGCACCGAGGACAUCAUCAAGCAACUGAUCCUUGUUGUGAAAGGACAGUUCUCUACUGAUGAGCUCGUGGAAGAAGUGGAGAAGAGAAACAGGCUGAAGCUGUUGUUGCCUUGGCUAGAAACUAGAGUCCUUGAGGGUGUCAAUGAACCAGCUACCCAUAAUGCACUGGCCAAGAUCUACAUUGACAGUAACAAUAAUCCAGAGAGGUUUUUGCGAGAAAACCAGUACUACGAUAGCCGUACCGUAGGAAAAUAUUGUGAGAAGAGAGAUCCCCAUCUAGCAUGCGUUGCUUAUGAAAGAGGACAAUGUGAUGAGGAACUUAUCAAAGUGUGCAAUGAAAACUCGCUCUUCAAAAGUGAGGCUCGUUACUUGGUGCGUCGCCGUGACCCUGACCUUUGGGCCACUGUGUUGAGUGAAGAGAAUGAAUACAAGAGACAGCUUAUUGACCAGGUUGUGCAAACGGCUCUGUCUGAGACUCAAGACCCAGAAGAGAUUUCAGUGGCAGUAAAGGCUUUCAUGACUGCUGAUCUUCCCAAUGAACUCAUUGAGCUGCUUGAGAAGAUUGUCCUUGAGACCUCUGUCUUCAGUGACCACAGAAAUCUGCAGAAUCUGCUGAUUUUGACAGCCAUCAAGGCAGACCGUACUCGUGUGAUGGAAUACAUCAACCGCUUGGACAACUACGAUGCUCCUGAUAUUGCAAACAUUGCCAUCACCAAUGAGCUGUAUGAGGAAGCUUUUGCCAUCUUCAAGAAGUUUGAAGUGAACACCUCAGCCAUUCAGGUCCUGAUUGAUAAUGUGAACAACCUAGACAGAGCCUAUGAGUUUGCUGAGAGAUGCAACGACCCAGCCGUGUGGAGCCAACUGGCCCGUGCCCAGCUGAACCAGGGAAUGGUCAAGGAAGCCAUCGACUCCUACAUCAAAGCUGACGAUCCCUCUCAAUACAUGGAGGUGGUCUCUGUUGCCAGCAAGAGUGAUAACUGGGAAGAUAUGGUCAAAUUUUUGCAAAUGGCAAGGAAGAAGGCAAGAGAGACGUUUGUGGAAACAGAACUGGUGUACGCAUAUGCAAAAACCAACAGACUGGCAGACAUGGAAGAGUUUGUUUCAGGACCCAAUCAUGCUAAUAUAACUCAGGUCGCAGAUCGCUGCUUUGAUGAUAAGAUGUACGAAGCAGCUAAACUCUUGUACAACAAUGUCUCCAACUAUGCCCGUCUUGCUAUCACGUUGGUUCACCUGGGCGAGUAUCAAGGAGCUGUAGAUAGUGCAAGGAAAGCCAACAGUACAAAGACAUGGAAAGAAGUGUGCUUUGCGUGUGUAGAUAAUGAGGAAUUCAGACUGGCUCAGAUGUGUGGCUUACAUAUAGUGGUGCAUGCUGAUGAACUAGAGGAACUAAUCAAUUAUUAUCAAGACAGAGGCUACUUCGAGGAGUUGAUAGCUUUGUUGGAAUCAGCUUUAGGUUUGGAGCGGGCACAUAUGGGCAUGUUCACGGAAUUGGCCAUCUUGUAUUCCAAAUACAAACCAGAGAAAAUGAGGGAGCACUUGGAGCUCUUCUGGUCGAGAGUGAACAUUCCAAAGGUCCUCCGCGCUGCAGAGCAGGCUCAUUUGUGGCCAGAGCUGGUUUUCCUGUACGAUAAGUAUGACGAGUUCGACAACGCCAUCCUCACCAUCAUGGCUCAUCCCACUGAAGCCUGGAGGGAACCCCAGUUCAAAGAUAUUAUCACCAAGGUUGCAAAUAUUGAGCUGUAUUACAAGGCCAUUCAGUUCUACCUGGACUUCAAGCCAAUGCUGCUCAACGACCUGCUCAUGGUGCUCACACCCAGGCUGGACCACACUCGCGCUGUCAACUUCUUCAUGAAGGUGAACCAGAUUCCUCUUGUGAAGCCAUACCUGCGCUCUGUGCAGAAGAACAACAACAAAGCAAUCAAUGAAGCUCUGAAUAACCUUUUCAUUGAGGAGGAAGAUUAUCAAGGCUUGCGUGCCUCUAUUGAUGCUUAUGAUAACUUUGACAACAUUGCGUUGGCUCAACGACUGGAGAAGCACGAACUGAUCGAGUUCCGUCGUAUUGCUGCUUACCUCUACAAAGGAAACAACCGCUGGAAGCAGAGUGUGGACUUGUGCAAGAAAGACAAGUUGUUCAAGGAUGCCAUGAGCUAUGCAGGAGAAUCCCGCCAGAUUGAGAUUGCUGAGGAUCUCAUCUCAUGGUUCCUUGAAAAUGGAAACCACGAGUGCUUUGCUGCUUGUCUCUUCCAAUGCUAUGACCUGUUGCGACCGGAUGUUAUCUUGGAGCUUGCCUGGAGACACAACAUCAUGGACUUUGCCAUGCCCUACAUGAUCCAAGUCAUGAGAGAGUACACCUCAAAGGUUGACAAACUUGAACAGUCGGAAUCUGUGCGAAGUGAAGAAGAACAAAAGGCUGAGGAAAGACCAAUUGUGCUCAAUGAGCCCCAACUCAUGUUGACAGCAGGCCCCAUGGGCAUGACCCCCCCACCACCACCACAGACUGGCUAUGGCUAUGCUCCAAUGCCAGGUGCCCCCAUGCCAGGUGCACCCAUGCCCGGUGCACCUAUGCCCGGUGCACCCAUGCCUGGAUAUGGCUACAGCAUGUAAAGCAGCAGUGUGCGACCCACCCACUUCCUUCUGCACCUUGGAAACUACAUACAGACACACAGGACAUAACACGUACUGUAAAACAGGUGUUUUUUUGCGAGCAACCCUUUUUCCAUAACAAAGUUUCAAAUUGCUACGCAGAACAUUAAAAAUAACUCCUCAAGACUGUCGUGUCUUCAUGAUUUGUGAAUAAAACUUACAAUGCUCACAGCUUUACAAAAAAUUUGCAGCAUUAAAAAGAACAUUUUUUGAUUGACUAGUAUUUGCAAAAUUUUGGAAAAUUGGGCGCUUGCAAAGAGAUCCUGUUUUGCACUAGGCAUGCACAUACAAAACACAAAGAGGAUGCAGUGCAGGCGCGCAGCGGUCUAGUGUUAUUUUUGUGUGCGGUUGCAGUGUUCAGCAUUAGGACAGGGAGGAUGGGAAGUGAAUGACUGCAAUGUGGUGAGCACGUGUGGGUUUUCAUGUCAGUUCACGGGAUGUAAAGAUACUACAGAUUCCGCCAUUUUGCACAGAACUGUCACAUCACACCUUUUUUCAUUAAUUUUUUUUUUUUUAAAGUAUACAGUUUUUUUUAAUCAAAGAUUUGUCAUGAAUGUCAUCAUGUUUUUGUUUUCGACCAUAAUUAUUAUAAGCAAACAUUGAAUUUUGUGAUGAUUUACUUGAACGAUUUUGUUUGCAUUGUGAUGGUGCAGCAAGAGCGUGGCUCUGGGCAGUGGGUAUUAUUCCCUCGAAUGUAUUGAAUGUCUUGUUUUGACUCCCAUCAUAUGGGAUUGGCUCCCCGAACUGGGGAUGUGUUACAUGUUUAUAUGACAAGAACUGAUAUGGUCCCUAAAGAAAGUGACUAGAAUUCAUGGAUUCCCCGAAACAGUAUUCAGAUUUAGAAAACCCUGUUUUGAGAUUCAGUUUAGAAAAAUGACCUGAUCAAACUCAACAGCUGCUCUGUUGUUGAAAUAUAAAUGCACAAAAAGCUUGCAAACCAGAGCUUGGUAGGUUGUGUGAUGGGCAUUGACCGGAGAGUGUGUGUGUGUUGUCAGUAAGCCUUUACCACCUGUGUAAGGUGCCGGUGAGAAGAGCCAUCGACAUUUUCACUAGACACCCAUUUUUAGUAAGGAGUUUGAGGUCAACAGCUGCGGGAGUGGUGUGCUUCCCUUGCUUGUGAGCGAGUGUGGAUUCCGCUUACCUGUAUUCUUCAACCUGUCAUCGAACUGUACAAUUUUGUUUUAAACUCCUGUCACUCCAUAUAGACUUGCAGAUCAUAUCUUGUGUAUGUAGCAAUGAAACAAAACAUGGCCUUUGAUGGCCCGCCCUGUGUGCAAUCAGUGACCUGUUCGCUCUCUUCACUUCAUUUACUUUACUAUAGCGUGCUCUGAUUGUGAUGAAAAUGCAUGUGGUCGUGUUAGACUGGAUAUUGUCAAGUAUAAGAUGUUACAUUGUAGAGCAAUGUGUGUGAGCGUAGCAUGUAGGCGAAUGCUGUCUGGAGAAUGUUGCCUUUUAAAGGACCACUGCAUUCGUGAAUAUUCAAAUCGUGUUUGUGUCAUUCAUCACGCAUGACUCGCGACAUUUAUGUUUUUCUAAUGUUUGUUUUAGGCCUUUUUAUGGUGGUUCUAUCACAUUUUUGUUUUGUUUUUGUUUGUUUUUUUGCUUGGCCCACCUUCUCUAAUACAGUAAUCAGAAUGUAUGGGAGAGAUAGUUGUACUGUUGGCGUCCUGUAAAUGACAACUGGGGGAGAGAAAUCAAAAGUGCAGCCAGUGCUGGUUGCCAUGAGCUUGGUAGGUGAGAUUGUCACGGAGAAGUGAUGGUGGAAUUGAAAGCCUGGCCUGGCCAAGCUCAGUGGUAUAUGUGGCGCCCGUUGUCACGUGAGCGUGAGAAAUACAUCAGCCUUGAUUCAUGUCUGUUGUAGAUAUAUAACUAAUGGGGUCUUUUUUUUCUUCUUUUUUUUUAUUUAAAAAAAUCGUAAUUCCUCAAUGUGAGAGCAGAGCAACAAGGGAGGGAACACAGAUACUCCUUGUGAACUGUCUGUUGAGAAAGUCUGGCACUGUGUUAGUCACUACACUGAUUCACAAAACUUACAGCAGCAGUAGUAGCGAUCGUACAGUUGUUCACUGGUCUCUGCUACUGUUUGUUGACUGUGGCCAUGGAACAUUCAUUCCCUUCUGCACCAGCCGUUUCCUCUCUUCUUUUGUGUGAAGCUUGUAAUCUCCCCCCAUCGACAUCUAGUAGUCCACUAUGAAUAGAUUUAGACAUGUAUCGUCUCCCACGAAUGACUGGCUUUGUCACCAGGGCGAAGAAACAGCACCCGAACGUCAGUACCAGUCCUGUCUAUAGGACAAUACAGUAACCCAAUAUGUCUGGAUAAUGGAAGUCUUGAGUGCUUUACAGAUGUUGGUUAUGGUGCUGGCACAUAGCGGAGGAACGGUUCUUCCCUGGGUCUGUGUGGGUCUUUCAUGGGAGAAUGGAGCCGGGAUGUGAUACUUAGUCCUUUACUAUUGUAACUCUUGUAGUGAUAUGUUAGGCCAGUGUUCUUCCUGGCAUGGAUUUCACCGUUUGUUGGUGUUGUUGAUGUGGUUCUUUUUCAUGUAAUUAUAAAUCUUAGACAGUAGAAUCACGUAUAAGAUGAAUGAUGACUUGCAAGUUUUACUUUUUAAAAAUUUUUUGCUUUUUUUUUUUUUUUAAAUUUAACUCAUGCCGUCAUACAGAACUAUUUUUUGUUUGUGAAAAAAAAAAUUUUCUUCGUCUUGGGCACAGAUUGUGAUGAUAACAAUGGUGAUCAUGUCAGGUGAGAUUGGUUUUGUGGAGGAAGCUGACUGUGAACUCUGGUUGUCUUUUGUUUGUUUGGUCAUUUCCACACGCAUUUGUUUUGUUUUGUUUUUGUUUUCUUUUUCUCUGCUCUUAUUACCUACUCCCAACCUCGCAUAUACUCACUGCAUCAGAAGAUUUUUUGUUUCUGAGAGUCAUUCAUAAAGAAAAGCACAUUCCUAAUGAUUGUUGAAUGUUUAUGGGUUAUGUUUUAUCUUUGGGAGCUGCAUGUUCGUAUGAUUACUUGGACAUAUAAUCACUCUUAUCAUAAGCCGCCCCUUCCCCCCCUCCCCCAACUGUGCCCUUGGAGUAUAGUAAAUAAAAUUGGGAUAGUUAGACUGCUUAGAAAUGUUAUAGAUGAUGUCAACGUAUUAAGUGAUAACCUUUUAUUGUAUAUUUUGUUUCAAGACUUUAUUUUCAGCACAGGUGUUGGCAAAUAUAUUUGAUUAUUAGGUUGAAACAUUUUUUUAAAGUAAGUGUCUGAUGUUUCUUCAGUUUGAUGAUGUUUUGUACUAUUUUGUUGAAAUAACAGGAAUUCAAAAAAUGCUCAUCCCACCACCAGCACUCCUAAGAAUUUGUCCAUCACCAGUAGUCAAAAUCUUUUGGGAAAAGGCGAGAGGGGUUGUUGUGUUUUGGGGAUUUUUUUUUUUCCAAAGUAAAUAAUAAAUCUCAACCAUUGUACCACAAGCGCUCCUCCAUCAAGGUGUUUUUCUCUCACUCUCAGAAAGGUAUGGUCAGUGUGGUCGCUUGCCUAAGGCGAGUAGUUGCAGUGUUGGGGGAUAUCGGCGAAAGUUGAUCAUCAUCAUCAUGUACAGGCGUGUGUUGAAAGCCUGAAGCAACGAGUGAUUGAAGAGACGCUGGCUCCUGGCGGGGUUGAUAUACCAUGUGGGGAGUGUUGUAGUUCAGUGGUCCGAGAGUAGUGGUGAGCUGGAAGAACAAGGGAAGUAAUAGUAUCUUUGAAUAUCAGGCUGCGAUAUAUUAUGGAUAUCUCAUUCUUUUUGGUACCAUAACCCGUAUUUCCUCUUGUAAAUUUCCUGUUUAUUGUAAAAAUAUGGACAAGUCAUGUGAUGAGUCGAGUCGAUUUGGACAUUUUUUUGGGAGGUGCAGCUCUAGCUUAAUUGCUUUGUAUGGUCAUGUUUUGUUUUGUUGUGUUUUUUAUGCUUUGUGAGUCCACCCUCUGCCCCUUAUGUCACCACAACAUGUUCCUUCUUUGAAGUUUUCUCCUCCUGUCUACCUAAACCCUUCGUCUAAUUUGAGUGUAUUUUUUUUUUUGUACCUUAUACUUAUUUCCUCAUGAAGUUUCUUAAAUUUCACAACCGAGUUGACUACGAGCCCCGCCCCCCCUCCCUUUGCUGAUUUAGUACCCUCCCCUUAUUUAUUUAUUACUAUUCUUGGACACACUGGUUAUGAAGUCAGUCAAACUAAAUGUCAUGUCUUAGGCUCGAUGUGAAAACAAAAGCACCCAGCCAGAAUCCUGGUGAAUUGCUCUUCGACUCCGGUGGGCCAUCUUAUGAUGAUGUAACGGUGGCCUUUAGAGCACUGAAAUUCACUAGCAUUUUGCAAGGUGAUUAGAACAUAAGGAUCGUAUGAUGUGACCAUUACAUUGGUUUCAGAGCUAUUAAAUAUACCAAGUAUACACCAA